AUGAACAGCGUUUCAACAAGGUGGAAUCACGUGAUCGUACCCCACCGAUGUUCAACCGUACGUUCAACGUUCAACGACCUCCGCUCAGAGCAAACUUGCGUCGAUCUCGGCCCUUCAAGUUCCCAUGCUGAUCUCACCCGUUGCUGCCUUCGUGCCCCCACGGAGGUUUAUCGUAAAGGCUUCAAACUCGGAGUUGAAGGAAGUAUAUCGAGGAAAGUAUGGGUGUAUGCAACUAAGUAG